AUGGAUCCAGCCAUGGAAAAGCAAAAGAAAGUUCAAAAGCGGAGCGCUUCCGUGCAGAAGGCCCCUUCGCAUUCAAAAGAUCUGGUAUAUCAUACUGAGACCGCGCCCACUGUCCGCAGUGAGUCCUUUAAGUCUCGCUCCAGCACUAAUCAGGCUGAUCGACCUCAGCACCCGUCGCUUUCUCGUGUCAAGGGCCGAAGCAAUAUGUAUACUCCGCCCCGUAACGGCGCUGAGCGAUCUUGGCUCAAUGAUCAAUCACCUGUACGAUGUGGUGCUCAGACACCACCGCACCAGUAUAGUAGGACACCAGAAUGUGGUACUCCAACAUUAAUCAAUCCGACAUCAAGCUUGCUACAGGGGUUGUUGAAGGAAGAGCGAGCCCAUCGUGGCUCACGAGGCAUGUCUGAGGAUGGUGCAGAAAGUCCGAGAACCCCAGAUAGGCCGCGAGUACAAGAAGACACCGCGUCAGAAAAGGCACGCAAAUUUAGCCAGUUCUCCAGUGCGAAUGCGCCACAGUCGAAGGAAAUAGGAGUGCGGGAAAUGGAUCAGUACGUCUCAAAAAUGACUAAACUGAAUUUCGACUUAAAACUGGAGAUUUUUCACCGCACACAGCAGAUGGGCGUGAUGGAGAAGAAGCUGGAGCGAAUGCAAGCAAUGGAGGAGGAGCUUAGUCGACUGCAGAACUUGGAAGAGGAAGUGAUGGAGCUGCGUGAGAUGAACAGGCGCAACCAAGGCUUGCGAGAAGCCAACAGCCAACUGCGCCAGGACCUUGAUACUAAAGAUAAAGCCGUGGAGGAGGCAGUCCAAUGGAUUUGCAAACUGGAAGCCGAAAACGAGCAACUCAAAAACAACGGACGAUCGACCUCAUUGUCAAUGAACAGACUGGUGCUCGACGGGCCGAAUGCUUCACCAAGGAACCAAAUCGUGAUCGAUAUUCCGGAACGAACCUCGUCCAAAAGAGCACGAUCUGUGGUCAUGUCUCCCGAAUUACGACAGCUCAGCAAAGCUCCCUCCUUUUUGCGCGAUGACAAUAAAAGUACUGCCACUCUUCGCAGUCUCUAUGUGCCUGAGAACAACAAGUCACGCUCCGCCUUGAGCCAACUAACCAAGUCUGAAAGCCUGCACACUAUGACCGAUACUUUGGAGUCCGGAUCUCCACGACUUAGUGUUCUUAGCGAAUGCAGCGAAUUGCAUCCCUUUGAUACCCCCACAAAAUGGAAUGAUUUUGAUAAGCUCGAGAUCCCAGUCCGGAAGGCAUCGAGGGAAAGCGUGGAUAGUUACGCUGCCGCAUCUCAGCGAGAAGAGAGCAAGGAGGACCGGAUCGACCGAUGGAUGCAAACACGAACGGACACUCAGACCAUCGUCAGGAGACGCCAAUCUCGAGCAGCUUCCGAUGCUUCGAAAGUAAGCCAAUUGACAUUCACGGGCGAGUUGUACUCGACCAAACCGCGUGGACGUGGGCGGCUCGAUGCAUCGCUCUUUGGAGGUGCUCAUCUUCCUCCCACUCCUGAUACAAUGAGCACAGCUUAUGUUACGGCCAACAACGGUUCGGAAGGCAGCAUUGCAGCCCGAAAGAGUCCUAAGCCUGAGGGUGAGACGUGGUUUGCUGGUCGGCCACUUGCCCGCCGUCGCUCUGCCGAUGAACUCACCACUCGACGCAGCUUCAAUGGCAGUGAUAUUACGGAUAGCAUGCAAACGAACUGCAGCGAUACCCCUCGUAUGUCAACAGCGGACAUGAGCUCGCCAGUUUUCUACCCUUUCAACACUGUCGCUUCCAAAGCUAGUGCACUCCUUGGACCGGGUAGCCCUGACAACCCUAUUAUUGACGGUUUUAACGAUCCUUUCUAUCAAAACGACAAGGCCGCAGUAGCGCCAGCAGUCACUCCGGGUCAAAGUCCAUCAAAGACCAUUAUGUCGGAUACACAAACCGUCGACUCAAUCAGUGACUCACCGCCGCUGACCCCUCAGGAUUGGAUCGCGGCCGCAAAGCAGGGCCCUCGUUCUCGGAAAGAGAGAGAGCGUGGCCUUCGCAUCGAGCCCAAACCUACGGAGCCUCACCACCUGGUGAUAAGCCAAGCAGCUUUCCAUGAUGACGCCAGCGUCGACUCCUAUGUUAUCGAACCUGAAGUCGCCGACGUACCAACCCUUGACUUGGAUACCUUGGAUGUACUGGAACAACCCGUCGCCGAUGUUCCUGCCCCAAGAGUCAAUACACCCGAACCUGAGCAAAGACGCCGCCUGAGCUUCCGGCCCCCCUUCUUCAACCGUUCGGCCAAUGCUACCCGCCGCCUCCAAUCCUCUCCAAUCGCCCCGGAUUUCAUGGAUGAAGAGGACGAUGGCGCCCCCUCCCCAAUCAUUCCCAAAACACGAAACAUUGGAGGCGCAAACCGCCGUCCCAUGUCCCAAAUCAUCACAAACUCGAACGACAUAUACUCAUCCAGCGUCCCCGUUACCAACGAAGCUUUCGGUGCUAGCUUCGGUGGCCGCCGAGCUCUCCACCAAUCUUUCAUGGAGGCAAGAGAUUCUACCCACCCCUCAGGCUCUGCCACCAUCUCCGCACGCCCUACGACAUCAAAUAGCGUGGAGCACAAGCGCCGCAGCUCACUUGGAAUCUUUGGCUGGAUGAAAGGCGUUGGCGGAAAACGGUCUGAGCCGUCCACCCCCGUUGUGGCCGAGAAAUUCUCCGAAAUUGAAUCCAGGGAACCACCCCCUCGUGCCUCUUCGCGUCUUGGACAAGAUAAUGGGUUUGUUUCUGAGCGACCUGAUACCCCCGAUUCAAUGGAUGCUCCUGUGGUGCGUCCGCGCUCUGAGAUGACGAUGCGCUCUGAUGAUACUUCUCGACGCCCACGAUAUGUGGGUCGCCAUUCUCGCAGAGUGAAUUAG